GAAAAUACAGGUUAUGGCGGAAGUGAGACAAAAUUGGCUAGUUGAUAAGCUAAACCCGGGGGUGUUGGGUAGCGGAAGUAUAGUAUACAAUAAUGUUGUUUGGUACUAAAAUGCUGGUAUUUAGUUCGUAGUGAAUACACCCUAUAACAGCACUACCUAUUGUCUGUUUUCAAAUCACGACUAGGUUGUGAACAACCAAGCAAAACCAGUAGCUAGCAAGCUAUCUGAGUAGUUAGCUAGGCUAGUUAGUGCUAACGCUAUCUCAAAACAGGGUUGGAUUUGACCAGUAGAUUUAACAAUCGCUAACGUUGAUUUGUUUGGUAGAGUUGAGGCAAAAUGUCGAUUCAGUACGAGGAGCCUGCAUUGGCUCGGAGUUAUGGUGUUGUGGACUCUUUCCCAAAGGAUUUUGGCUACGGAGUGGAGGAACCAGAUAUCGAGGAGGAGAGCACGACGUCAGGUGACAGUAAACCAAGGAUCCUGCUGAUGGGAUUGCGGAGAAGUGGAAAGUCAUCUAUUCAAAAGGUUGUAUUCCACAAGAUGUCGCCCAACGAGACACUGUUCUUGGAGAGCACCAACAAAAUCUACAAGGAUGACAUCUCCAGCAGCUCUUUCGUCAAUUUUCAAAUCUGGGACUUCCCUGGUCAGGUGGACUUCUUUGACCCUACCUUCGACUAUGAGAUGAUCUUCAGGGGCACGGGGGCUUUGAUAUUCGUCAUUGAUGCUCAGGAUGAUUAUGUUGAAGCCUUGGGGAGGCUACAUCUCACAGUGUCCCGAGCCUACAGGGUCAACCCAGAGAUCAACUUUGAGGUGUUUAUCCAUAAGGUUGAUGGCCUGUCAGACGACCACAAGAUAGAAACCCAAAGAGACGUCCAUCAGAGAGCCAACGAUGACCUGGCAGAUGCCAGCCUGGAGAAGCUUCAUCUCAGCUUUUAUUUGACCAGCAUCUAUGACCACUCUAUAUUUGAGGCUUUCAGUAAAGUUGUCCAGAAGCUCAUUCCUCAGCUACCAACAUUGGAAAACCUUGUGAACAUUUUCAUAUCAAACUCUGGGAUUGAGAAAGCCUUCCUGUUUGACGUGGUCAGUAAGAUUUACAUCGCCACCGACAGCUCCCCUGUGGACAUGCAGUCAUACGAGCUUUGUUGUGACAUGAUCGAUGUUGUCAUUGACGUCUCUUGUAUCUAUGGCCUGAGGGAAGAUGGAAAUGGCAGUGCAUAUGAUAAGGAGUCUUUGGCCAUCAUUAAGCUCAACAAUACCACCAUACUCUACCUGAAAGAGGUCACCAAGUUCCUAGCCCUCGUUUGCAUCCUUAGAGAGGAGAGCUUUGAAAAGAAAGGUUUAAUAGACUAUAACUUCCAUUGUUUCCGCAAAGCCAUCCAGGAGGUGUUUGAAGUGGGGUCCUUGACACAGAGGACAGGCAGACUACAGCCAAGCUCGUCCAACAACAGCUUGUCCAGCGUAAAACUUGGUGUAUUAAACGGAAGUGCUGUUUAGAGGAAUGUAAGAAAAGCAAAGAGGUUUGGAAUGCCUUAGCCACUGAGAAUGGACAAGUAGUAAUUGUGUAUUUUACUUGGAAGGCUAUGAACGAUCAAAGGUGACACAGGGAAAAAGCAGGAAAAACCUUGAAAAAUAACACUUGGGAUGGGGGGGGAUGCUGUUCUGUGCAAGGAUUGAAAAGGGUAAAAAAAACGCUGCAAUGGACUAAACACUGAACAGAGUUGAAGCCAGCAACCACAUCUAUUUUAAGCACCUCAAUGUUUUUGGGUUGCGUCUAACCACUUAUUUGACAAUAAUGAUUAUUUUUGCUACAAACAGUUUUACGAGUAUCGAGAUGACAAUGUCGUCAUUGUGGUCUUCCUCAGCACAAGUCAUUUAAACAGGGCACUAUCUGUGUUUUCCCACUCUUAUUUCAGACAAGGUUCAACAGGAAGCAAUGUUGGAAAACAAAUUAAUUAGGAAGCCUGCAUUGAAACAGUAAAUAUCACUACCGUUCAAAAGUUUGGGGUCACUUAGAAAUUGAAAUGUCCUUGUUUUUGAAAGAAAAGCACUUUUUUUUGUCCAUUAAAAUAACAUAAAA